AUCUGUCACCCAACUUAACUUCAACAUGUUUGUGUUGAAUUUUUGUGUCUGUGCUGUCCUAAUCCUGUCCCUGCCUCAGUGUACCUAUCAGUCAUGUACAGAGGGGAAACCCAAAGAGUGCCUAGAAGCAGAAUUUGCUCCAGGUUCCAAUUUGGCCGGGGAAGGCUUUGAUAUCACGAAAAUGGAACGUAAAGGGGCCUUCGUGCUCGACAUGAAUCACUGGCAACGAAACGACAAAACAUGCAUCCUGUGUACCAACCCCUAUCUGGAGAACAAAAAGCAGAAGCUCCCCUUGUCAGUGGUGGACUGGAGGUCAAAGCAGUCCUGCAACACUGAAGUGACAACUGCACUUCACCGAUCCAGUGAGUCUCUAGUCACUUCCAGCACAUCUUCGGUUGAAAACGAUUGGAAGGUCGGUCUAGAUAUUAAUGUGGGUGAUAAAGGCGGUUCAUUGAUGCUGGCUGGCAGUAACUCUAAACUGGCUGGAUAUUCAAUGGCGAAAACAAAGAAUGACAAGUACAGUUUCACAACCCAAAGCAUGUCCUGUGAGUACUACAGCUAUCGAGUAUCCAGGACUCCCAUGUUGCACAGAGAAUUUAGAAAAGCAUUGAAACAGCUCCCCGAAGUCUACAGCCCUGAGAACAAGGAACAGUUUUACAAACUGAUAAACGACUUUGGGACCCAUUACAUCACCAAGGUGAAAUUGGGAGGAGGUAUUAGAUCUGUGACCAGCAUCAGGCAGUGCCAGGCCAGCCUGCAGGGCCUCAGUGUGGAUGAGGUGGACAUGUGCCUGGCAGUGGAGGCGUCUGCUACCUUCCAUGCUACAAUAAAUACUCAGUCAAAACACUGCAAGAAAGACAUUGAGAAGACAGAGAGUAAGUCAGCGUUCUCCAGCCUCUUCAACGACAGGUUCACACAAAUAACGGGCGGCCAUACUACGGAGCCAGACCUUCUUUUCUCUUCUGAAAAAAAUCCAUCAGCCUACAAGGAAUGGCUGACCACAUUACCACUCAAUCCAGACAUCUUCUCAUAUUCUCUGGACUCGCUGCAUGACUUACUGCCUGUCAACUCCUCUGCCCAGCAGAACCUGCGAUCAGCCAUUAGACAUUACAUCCUGGAGAAAGGUCUGUUGAGGAACUGCAGUAACCGCUGUCAAGCUGGCAUCAGGACUGACUCAAAGGAUCCCUGUGUCUGCCAAUGCCACAAUGACCCUGCUGUAACCCCAGACUGCUGUCCGACCCGUAGGGGCAUGGCACGGGUGAUAAUAACUGUAAGAAGCGCUGCUGGUCUUUGGGGAGACUACACAACUGCCACAGACGGCUAUGUGAAAGUGCUCUUCAAUGGGCAGAUGCAGCGUACUCCUGUCAUUAAAAACAACAACAACCCAAACUGGAACACAAUCAUUGACCUGGGCAGCCAGGAUUUGUCAGCAGAAAAUAAAGUGAGAUUUGAAGUGUGGGAUGAGGACAACUGGGAAGAUGAUGACCUUUUGGGGAAAUGUGAGCAGGGUCUGUCUACUGGGGUGAAAGAGGAUCUCUGUUAUCUAAAGCACGGUCAGCUGUUUUACAGAUUGGAGGUGAAAUGUGCUCCAAGUCUGAGCGGAGAGUUAUGCAAGGACUAUAAACCUUCGCCUAUGAGUCAAAGUCUGCAGAAGCUGUAUGUGUCCCGUCAUGCCCAACCUAUUCCAAAGGAAAUGCUGUUAGAGAUGGGCGUGUUUGUGAAUGGAACAAGUUCACAGACAAAAAUGAGUCUUACUUCUGAGAGAAAAAAGUAUGACAUGUUAUAA